AUGUGUGCAGCCAGCGAGGGUCACGUCCUAGUCGUCCAGCUACUGCUCGAGGCCGGCGCUCAAGCGGAUGCUUGUGACAAUCAGGGCAACACGGCGCUGAUCUAUUCGGCAAUGACAGGUCAUGCCCGGGUCGCAGAGUUGCUGCUAGAGGCCGGCGCCGACAAAGAGUUGCGUGACGUCCAGGGCAACACCGCGCUGGUGAUGGCAACUACAACCGAAAUCCGGCGAUUGCUGGAGGUCAGUCCUACAACGUGA